AAUUCAUACUCUCAUUCUCAUAUUACAGAAAAGCUCAAACCCAUCUAUCUGUUCCCUGCUUUCUUGCUCUCUAGAGUUUGCUUCUUAUCAAGUGUGAGAAUGGCCACAUCAGCAACAGUGCAGUCCUACAUGGCCAUUUUUAGGCCACAAGUUGGUGCAAAGAACCACUUGGCAACACUGUCUUCUCUUCACCUGCUUCCAUGUCAGCGUGUUGCUGGUGCCACUCUUGUCCGAUGCCAAGCAGAACCGGAGAAGCCUGCGGUGGAGACAGAAACCCCAACGCCACAAACUGUGCUUAAAACUGCAACGCCAACAGCAACAUCACCUACACCAAAGCCAACGGCCAAGGUGAGCACAAAAUUCUCAGACGUGUUGGCAUUCAGUGGGCCGGCGCCGGAGAGGAUCAACGGACGGCUGGCAAUGAUCGGGUUUGUGUCGGCGUUGGCGGUGGAGGCAGCAAGAGGCCAAGACCUGGUAGAGCAGCUGAUGAACGGAGGCUUACCAUGGUUCCUUGGCACUGCUGUACUGUUCUCUGUUGCAUCCUUGGUUCCACUCUUCAAGGGUGUCACCGUGCAGUCCAGGUCCGGCGAUCUAAUGUCCUCUGACGCCGAGCUCUGGAACGGCCGGUUGGCCAUGCUCGGCCUGGUCGCACUGGCUUUCACUGAAUAUUUGAAAGGUGGUCCUCUUGUUUGAGUUCUUGCACUUGAGAGAGACUUUUAUGUUUGUCUCUGUGUAAUUGUGCGUGCUUUGUAAAAUGUAUUGUUUUGUUGCGUUAUAAUGUAAUAGUUAUUUUGGGGAAUUUUCAUCUGCAUAAAAAGUUAAUACUGUA